GGCUGAGGUGCUUUAGCGGCCCCUGCCCUCCUUCUUGAGGAUGCUCGAGGCCCGGCCCCUCAGGACGCAGGGCAGUGACGCUGCCGGUGCGCUGGAGGGGCGGGAACUGCGGGAGGGCUCUGCUCCCCUCCCGGGCCCUAAAGCCCGGAGUUUGGGUUCCAAGGGUGAGAGAUUUGCAUAUCUGCGCCUAACUGGGGCCAAGGAGGGACAGCAGAGGCUGGGGAGCAGCAGCAUGCAGCCGGAGGAGGGCACAGGCUGGCUGCUGGAGCUGCUGUCCGAGGUGCAGCUGCAGCAAUAUUUCCUGCGGCUCCGCGACGACCUCAACGUUACCCGCCUGUCCCACUUUGAGUAUGUCAAGAAUGAGGACCUGGAGAAGAUUGGCAUGGGCCGGCCUGGCCAGCGGCGGCUGUGGGAGGCUGUGAAGAGGAGGAAGGCCGUGUGCAAACGCAAGUCCUGGAUGAGCAAGGUGUUCAGUGGAAAGCGGCUGGAGGCUGAGUUCCCCCCUCAUCACUCUCAGAGCACCUUCCGGAAGACCUCACCCACCCCCGGAGGCCCAGCAGCAGAGGGGUCCCUGCAGAGCCUCACCUGCCUCAUUGGGGAGAAGGACCUGCAUCUCUUUGAGAAGCUGGGAGAUGGCUCCUUUGGCGUGGUGCGCAGGGGCGAGUGGGACGCCCCCUCGGGGAAGACGGUGAGUGUGGCUGUGAAGUGCCUGAAGCCUGAUGUGCUGAGCCAACCAGAGGCCAUGGAUGACUUCAUCCGGGAGGUCAAUGCCAUGCACUCGCUUGACCACCGAAACCUCAUUCGCCUCUACGGUGUGGUGCUCACGCCGCCCAUGAAGAUGGUGACAGAGCUGGCACCUCUGGGAUCGUUGUUGGACCGGCUGCGCAAGCACCAGGGCCACUUCCUCCUGGGUACCCUGAGCCGCUACGCUGUGCAGGUGGCUGAGGGCAUGGGCUACCUGGAGUCCAAGCGCUUUAUUCACCGUGACCUGGCCGCCCGCAAUCUGCUGUUGGCCACCCGUGACCUGGUCAAGAUCGGGGACUUCGGGCUGAUGCGAGCACUACCCCAGAAUGACGACCACUACGUCAUGCAGGAGCACCGCAAGGUGCCCUUUGCCUGGUGUGCCCCUGAGAGCCUGAAGACUCGCACCUUCUCCCAUGCCAGCGACACCUGGAUGUUUGGGGUCACGCUGUGGGAGAUGUUCACCUAUGGCCAGGAGCCCUGGAUUGGCCUCAAUGGCAGUCAGAUCCUGCAUAAGAUUGACAAGGAGGGGGAGCGUCUGCCCCGGCCCGAGGACUGCCCCCAGGACAUCUACAAUGUCAUGGUUCAGUGCUGGGCUCACAAGCCAGAGGACAGACCCACCUUUGUGGCCCUGAGGGACUUCCUGCUGGAGGCCCAGCCCACUGACAUGCGGGCCCUUCAGGACUUUGAGGAACCAGACAAGCUGGACAUCCAGAUGAACGAUGUCAUCACCGUCAUUGAGGGGAGGGCUGAGAAUUACUGGUGGCGCGGGCAGAACACACGGACGCUGUGCGUGGGGCCCUUCCCUCGCAAUGUGGUGACCUCUGUGGCUGGCCUGUCGGCCCAGGACAUCAGCCAGCCCCUGCAGAACAGCUUCAUCCACACAGGGCAUGGUGACAGCGACCCCCGGCACUGCUGGGGCUUCCCUGACAGGAUCGAUGAACUGUAUCUGGGAAACCCCAUGGACCCUCCUGACCUGCUGAGCGUGGAACUGAGCACCUCCAGACCCACCCAGCAUCUGGGCAGGGUGAAAAGGGAGCCUCCACCUCGCCCUCCUCAGCCUGCCAUCUUCACUCAGAAACCAACCUACGACCCUGUGAGUGAAGACCAAGACCCCCUGUCCAGCGACUUCAAGAGGCUGGGCCUGCGGAAGCCAGGACUGCCCCGUGGGCUGUGGCUCGCGAAGCCCUCUGCCCGGGUGCCGGGCACCAAAGCGGGCCGCGGGAGCAGUGAGGUCACGCUCAUCGACUUCGGUGAGGAGCCCGUGGUCCUGGCCCCACGGCCCUGUGCACCCUCACUGGCGCAGCUGGCCAUGGAUGCCUGCUCCUUGCUGGACAAGACCCCGCCGCAGAGCCCCUCGCGGGCCCUGCCCCGGCCCCUGCAUCCCACGCCGGUGGUGGACUGGGAUGCGCGCCCGCUGCCCCCGCCUCCUGCCUACGAUGACGUGGCCCAGGAUGAGGAUGACUUUGAGGUCUGCUCCAUCAACAGCACCCUCGUGAGUGCAGGGGUCUCUGCUGGGCCCAGCCAGGGCGAGACCAAUUACGCCUUUGUGCCUGAGCCGGCGCGGCUCUUCCCUGCCCUGGAGGACAACCUGUUCCUCCCGCCUCAGGGUGGGGGCAAGCCGCCCAACUCAGCCCAGACCGCAGAGAUCUUCCAGGCGCUGCAGCAGGAGUGCAUGCGGCAGCUACAGGUCCCAGCCGGCUCUCUGGUCCCCUCGCCAAGCCCGGUGGGCGACGACAAGCCCCAGGUGCCCCCCCGUGUGCCCAUCCCCCCGAGGCCCACACGCCCACUUGGGGAGCUGUCUCCAGCCCCCUCGGGCGAGGAGGAGAUGGGGCGGUGGCCUGGACCUGCCUCCCCUCCCCGGGUACCACCCCGGGAGCCCCUGUCCCCACAAGGCUCCAGGACCCCCAGCCCCUUGGUGCCACGCGGCAGCUCCCCGCUGCCACCCCGGCUCUCCAGCUCACCUGGGAAGACCAUGCCCACCACCCAGAGCUUUGCCUCAGACCCCAAGUAUGCCACACCCCAGGUGAUCCAGGCACCUGGCCCCCGGGCUGGCCCCUGCAUCUUACCCAUCGUCCGUGAUGGCAAGAAGGUCAGCAACACCCACUACUACCUGCUGCCUGAGCGCCCACCCUACCUGGAGCGCUACCAGCGCUUCCUGCGUGAGACCCGGAGCCCCGAAGAGCCGACCCCCAUGCCUGUGCCCCUGCUGCUGCCCCCUCCCGGCAUCCCAGCUCUUGCUGCCCCCACUGCCACCGUUCGACCAAUGCCUCAGGCUGCCCCAGACCCCAAGGCUAACUUCUCCACCAACACCAGCAACUCAGGUGCCCAGCUGCCAGCCCUGAGGGCCACUGCUCGGCUGCCACAGAGGGGCUGCCCCGGGGACGGGCCAGAGGCUGGACGGCCAGCAGAGAAGAUCCAGAUGGUGGAGCAGCUCUUUGGUUUGGGUCUGCGGCCGCGAGGCGAGUGCCACAAAGUGCUGGAGAUGUUCGACUGGAACUUGGAGCAGGCUGGCUGCCACCUGCUGGGCUCCUGCGGCCCAGCCCACCACAAGCGCUGAGAUGUCUGGAGACCCAGAGGAUCUGCCCUGAAGGAAUCAUUUGAGCCUAUCCAUCUGACGAGGGUGGGGAGAUGCCCUGCCAGGCCUGGAGGACCUGCUGCACCUGCUGCCCCCAGUGGCAGAGCGAGGCCAAGGCAGCAGGAGGCUGGGAGCCCCGUCAUGCCUGUCCCUCCCUCACCCAGCGCUGUCCCUGCAACUUCGGAGCUCUCAGUGCACCCAGCCGAGGUGAAGGAGGGAGCCUCUUGAAGGCAGGCCUGGGGGUGGCCUCAGAAGGCCCUGUGGCUGACCUGCCUCUGGCUUCAGUCCCUGGUGGGGCCUGUAGCUGAAAUGUGUUGCCAGGCCCUGCCGGCAGGGAAGCCAGGCUUGACCCCGGGCAGGGAGGAUGUGUUGGCCAUGCAGAAAGGUGGACCAGCACCCAGGGCAUGGGACGGGGGCCCUCCCCAGGGAGCCCCUGGCGGCAGUUGGGGUGUCGGACGGAAUGUGACUUGUGGCCUCACCGUGGACAUGUUAUGGGACUUGGCUGGUGUUAGGAUCUUGUGCCUGGAAAUAGCCUGAGGUGGCUCAGGUAGCAGAGCUAGGGUGCCAGAUGGUUCUCUGGCAGGGACCAGGGCCCAAGGCCCCAGGGUUGGAAGGAGACCAAGGGGGCAGCUGCCCUGGAGGGACACCAGUGCUUCCUCUUUGACCCAGCUCUUCCCCUGUGCUGUUCUUUGUUUUCCCACCAGCCUCUUGCCAAAGUUGCUGCCCCAGCUAUGAAUAUCUGCUUCUUCCAGAGAAAUAAAGUUAGUUUCUAUUUUAUGUU